UAUUUUUACUUUUUCCUCAUUUGGCGUGGAUCGGUACCGGUACCAGUACCGGUAAAGAAAAGAAAAAGACAGAAAGGAAGAAGCCAACCAGACGGGAGAGUGAGUUUCGUCCCUGUCAAGUUGCCUUAAUUAAUCUUACUGGGUACCUGACUGAAAAAGAGUACACCGACACCGGGCAUAUCAACGCCUUACCCUCCCCCUUCAUUCAGCGCCCGCCGUUAUCUUCAGAAAGGGAUCGUGUCAGCCCAUCGUAGAAAAAUGGCCCAACAACAACAACAACAAAAUGACAAUGUGAUGCGAAGGAAGUUGGUGAUUAUUGGAGAUGGUGCCUGUGGGAAGACCAGUCUUCUGAGUGUCUUCACCCUUGGUUAUUUCCCAACUCACUAUGUCCCCACGGUUUUCGAGAAUUACGUGACGGAUUGCCGAGUUGAUGGCCGGUCAGUACAAUUGGCAUUAUGGGAUACCGCUGGUCAAGAAGAUUAUGAACGGUUACGUCCGCUGGCAUACUCCAAAGCGCAUGUGAUUCUGAUUGGAUUCUCUGUGGAUACACCGGAUUCUUUGGAGAACGUGAAGCACAAGUGGAUCGAGGAGGCCAAUGAACGGUGCCCGGGUGUACCGAUAAUCCUCGUUGGCCUGAAGAAAGAUCUCCGGGAGGACCCUCUUGCGAUCGAGGAGAUGAGAAAGAGAUCACAAAGAUUCGUGACGUCGAAAGAAGGAAGCGAUAUAUCGACUCAGAUCGGAGCGAGAAAGUAUCUCGAAUGCUCUUCCCUGACCGGAGAAGGGGUCGACGACGUCUUUGAAGCCGCUACCCGUGCCGCUCUGCUCACAUUCGAUAAGCGAAAAAGCUCAUGUUGCAUCGUCCUAUAAUGGAUUGCCCAUGGCCUGUGCUAUAUAUGUCGACUAAUGAGGCUCGACACAAUGAUCUACUAGCAGCGACGGAGAUGGCCUCGUCCUAGCGUUAUCAGUAUGUCUCACGCACUCAGCCUGGCCUAUGCAUUCCGUCGAAUUUGUUAGAUUGGAUUAUCAAAAGGAAGGAGGGUGGUAUUAUCGAUGUAUGUUGAUCGGUAUCUUUUGCAUUACCGGCGUUUGGGUGGCUUUUUUUUCAUUUUCGAUCCGACACAGCACGUUCUGUUUCGCGUCUGUCGCACAUAACUCACCCGUCACGUGGAUUUUCUUCUGAAGGCACGACGCAUGUUG